AUGCAUCUAGCUGUGGUCGCCCGUGGAAGAAUAAUAUCUGGCCAAAGCUCUGGGUCUACAUUCUUUGUUUCCAGCAACCAAUACACCAUUCAGUACAGAGCAAGUGACAGUGCUGGAAAUUCUGCUGAUUGUUACAUUUACUUCAUGGUUAUUGGUAUCCGUUGCAGUACUUUGUCAGCCCCUUCGCAUGGUAGUGUGGGGUGCACCAACACCAACUUCAUUUCAUCUGUCUGCACCAUCUCCUGUGACCUGGGCUAUCAUAUUGUUGGCUCCAAGAUUAGAACAUGCACACAAUCGGGGAACACUGGAUACUGGGAUGGCUCAACAACGACUUGUUCACGAACCACGUGCAAUACGUUAAGUGCCCCAGAGAAUGGAGAAUUGAGCUGCACGAAUGGUUGGUAUUUUGGUAGUUCAUGCACGUUCUCUUGCAACUCUGGCUACUCCCUCAACACCUCGCAGCCGACAUUGACCUGCUUGCAGAAUGGCAUGUGGUCUUCUUCAGGAGAAAACAUGCAGUGUUUAGACGUGCAGGCGCCAACCUUUACAGGAUGUCCUGUUUCACAGACGGUUACUGCCGCGCCUCUGGAAAUAUCUGCCGUUGUGACAUGGAACACACCAUCAUCGUCGGACAACUCUGGAGAAUCAAUCCCUGUUAUCCAAGAACAGGGUCCUCUAUCUGGGAGUGCGCUUCAGGAAGGCGAUCACAUGGUUAUGUUCACUGCAACGGACAGUUCAGGAAAUAAAGCAACGUGUACAUUUACUAUUACUGUAAGAGUGGUGUAUUGCCCUGAAAUUUCUGUGGACCUUCCUCUUCAAGUAAAUUGCUCAGAUGGUUAUGUUCGAGGUUCUGAGUGUACCUUUAGUUGCAGCACGGGGUACAUUCUUGAUGGGCAAGAGACGAGUCGGUGUUUACUGACUGGGUCAGAUGGAGCGUGGGACACAGCGACGCCUACCUGUCAAAUUACCCAGUGUGAAGAACCACCCUUGUUAGAAAAUGGGGGAUUGAAAGGGGAGUGUAGCAGAAAUUUUGGAUCGACCUGCUAUUUUGAGUGCAAUGUUGGAUAUGAGAUCAACAAUGAUGUCCUUACUUGUCUCGCUCAACCCGAUAGCUCAAACGUAUCCUGGCAUGGAGAAGUACCAGAGUGUUCACGUAAGUAG